ACCUCGAACCUUGGCCAAUCAGGCCUCUGAGUGGGAGGGCUUAGUUUGUGUCUACAGUGGCUGUGUCAGUUAUUGGGGAAUGCAGGAAAAUCGACGUUGUGUGCUUCAGGAGCAAGGGUUGGUCGGACGUGUAACAGGAGGACAAUGAACAGGAUACGAAUCCACGUUUUGCCUUCAAGUAGGAACCGGGUGGCCCAGACACCUCAUCCCCAGGAGCCCCAGGUCUGUGCUUUCACCCAGCGACCAUGUGCUCAGCCCCGUCUGGACGGCCUGGAGUUCUGCAUUAAGCACAUUUUGGAGGACAAGAAUGCCCCAUACAAGCAGUGCAGCUACGUCUCUGCCAAAAACGGCAAGCGCUGCCCCAACGCUUCACCAAAGGUCGAGAGGAAAGAUGGAGUGACGUUCUGUGCAGAGCAUGCUCGCAGGAAUGCAAUGGCACUCCGAGCUCAGAUGAGAAAGACGCUUUCUGGUCCAUCCCCAGAGACACUGUUGUCUCAGCUUAGUGGAUACAACCGUGCAGAGACACACAGUGUCGAGGGAGGACGCUCUGAAGCUAGCCGUAUUCUAGAUGAGGACAGUCUGAGUGAGGAGGAGCAGGGUCCUUUGGUACUAGACCAGACAUGGAGAGGAGACCCUGACAGUGAUGCAGACAGCAUUGACAGUGAUCAUGAGGAUCCUCUUAAACACGCAGGAGUGUACACUGCGGAGGAGGUGGCGCUCAUCACUCGAGAGAAACUCAUCAGGCUCCAGUCCCUCUACAUCGACCAGUUCAAACGCCUGCAGCAUCUUCUUAAAGAGAAAAAGCGUCGAUACCUGCACAACCGCAAAGUGGAGCAUGAAACCUUAGGAAGCAGUCUGCUGACAGGACCUGAAGGUCUGUCCAUGAAGGAGAGGGAGAACCUGAAAAAGCUCAAAGCUCUGCGCCGUUACCGUCGUCGGUAUGGCGUGGAAGCCCUGCUGCACCGGCAGCUGAGGGAGAGGAGACAGGCUGUGACCGAAGGAGCUCCUCAGCCGUACACAAGAACAGUGUACGAGAAGUGCAUUUCCUUUGUGGAGGGAACCCGAUGUACCAACCCCUGCCUGCCUAUGACACGCCAUUGUUUGUCACACAUUUGCCAGGACAGCAAUCAGGUGCUUUUCAAAGUGUGUCCAGGCCUGAAAGAUGUCCCAUGUGAUCGUACCAUACACAUGGGUCAGUCCGAUGACCCUCGCUGCCCACUUCACCUCACCCUGCCGCCCCCGAUGUACCAGCCUGAACAGGAACCGCCACCGCAGGAGCAGCUCAGCACUACAAGCAGAGACAUGUAUCUGAGUGCAGCAGAACUUCAGCCCACAGAGAGCCUCCCCCUAGAGUUCAGUGAUGACCUGGAUGUGGAAGGGGAUGGUAUGCAGGGUCCUCCGUCCCCUCUACAGUUUGACACAGCCCUGGCCCUGGAAGACCAGACCAUCAGAGCCAUUGCUGAGGCCCCGAUGGACAUCCUGACUGGAGAACACUCAGACCAGGUCGACCUGGAUGCUUCAGGACAAGAGCUGUCGGAAAGAGAUGUGGAUGCCAUCAUGGAUGACCAGGUGGCGUCGGAGGUCGUAGGAGGCGAAGAAGAUGCCACCGACAGUUCACUCCAAGACAUCGACGCGGCUACGGUCGAUGCCCCCAGAUGAGGAGACGCUGCAGCAUUGGGUGCAGGUCUCAUUCGGACUCGGAGGUCCCCUUUAGAAGAACCCACCUUCACAGGUCCAAUAGACUGUUAGACCGUAUCGUCACUGUUUGUACUUCUGUUUGCCAUGUGGGUGUAUUUAUUUGUCCGUUUAACUGGUUCGCAUCAGUUUGUCUGUUGAAUAAAAGGAAAAAAAAGCUUGGAUACUCACCUCUCUUCCACAAAUAAACUAUUUUGUGAUA